UCCGUCCAGCUGCAGACACAUCCACCACCACAGCACCGUGCCUCUCUCUGUGUUGACUCCGCGCUCCGCCACGUUGGUCUCUCUCUCUACGUCUGUGUCGCAUUCCUCUGCGCAGCACGAGCGUUGUGUUUGUGAUGAGGCGGGAAAUGGCGUCCGCAGCAGACAUGUUUGGUCUGUGACUACCUACCGACCGAGCGACGGACACACAACAGCUGCUCAGCAACAACCGACAGCACCGACCUCUACCGGGGGCUGCCACGGUUCACGGCGGAGCGUUGCCAACGCUGCGGCAAGUUUAGAAGAGCUUCCUCGAUCAUCAAUUUUUCUAUGUGACGCUGGAGCAUGAUGAAGCUGAGAGUGCGUAAAGCUCCUCAGCAGCCAAAUUUAGGCCGUCGAGUCCUCCCGUCCCAGGCCAAACGGAAACACCGUGAAGUGGCGCCAUCCCCGGUGAGAGGUCGAGGCAAAAUGCAGAAGAAUGAAACAGGCCUUUUCUCCACUAUAAAGAAAUUCAUCCGUGGAAAUGCUGUCAAGGUGGAGCAGGAUAUCCCCGCAAAGAGGAGUCGUAUUGAUUGUAAUUCUGAGAGUGAUCUAAUUACUUCAACACCACAGACUAGAGGCCUUUCCAACAAAACAGUCUCCAAAGUUUGCCGGAAAACUCCAAAUAAAGACACGAUGACCUGCAACAGUAAACCCCUGAAACCGAACGGUAAACUAGAGGCACCCGUCGAGGCAGCAAGCAGCCCACCACGCACCACUCUGCUGGGAACCAUCUUCUCUCCAGUCUUCAACUUCUUUUCACCAGCAACUAAAACUGCCACUCCUGGUUCAGACUCUCCAGGCCAAGCGAUGGAGGCCGAGGAAAUCAUGAAACAGCUGGACAUCGAGCCGGCAGAAGAAAUGCCAAGCAGCACUCUCACAUCCACAGAGGGCAUCACUCCUUGUCACACUGCCCCGAUGUUACCGCAGAGGCUUCAGAUUACCUCUGAUACAACCAUAGAAGAAGGAGAAAUAGUCACUGAAACUGACAUGCCACCAUUAACGGCUCCUGGUUGUAUGCCAGAUGGUGUUUACCCACAUGCGUUACCUCCAGCUCCUCCAGAAACCUCAUAUGAAGAGGAAUGGGAAGUUUUUGAUCCGUACUUCUUCAUCAAGCACGUGCCUCCGCUGACAGAAGAGCAGUUAACACGCAAACCAGCACUACCUUUGAAAACACGCAGCACGCCAGAGUUUUCUCUCGUCCUGGAUCUGGAUGAAACUCUGGUCCACUGUAGUUUGAAUGAGCUAGAAGACGCAGCCCUCACAUUCCCUGUGCUCUUUCAAGAUGUAAUAUACCAGGUGUACGUUCGGUUGAGGCCCUUUUUCCGCGAGUUUCUUGAGCGCAUGUCUCAAAUGUAUGAGAUUAUUCUCUUCACCGCUUCAAAGAAAGUGUACGCCGACAAGUUGCUCAACAUCCUGGAUCCGAAAAAACAGUUGGUCAGACAUAGGCUAUUUCGUGAGCACUGUGUGUGUGUUCAAGGAAAUUAUAUUAAAGACCUAAACAUUCUCGGACGGGAUCUUUCCAAGACGAUAAUAAUCGACAACUCACCCCAAGCCUUUGCCUAUCAGCUUUCCAAUGGAAUCCCUAUUGAGAGCUGGUUUGUGGAUAGAAAUGACAACGAGCUUCUAAAGCUUGUUCCUUUCCUCGAGAAGCUUGUGGAGCUGAACGAAGAUGUCAGACCGCACAUCCGAGAACAGUUUCGUUUGCACAACCUCCUUCCUCCAGACUGAUGACCUCGUUGUUCGUCUCUCACUUCAAGAUGGUAUCAUUUGAAAAAAAAAAGAAAAAAGACUCCCAGAAGAAUAUAUUCAGUGGAUUUCUCUUUGCAAACAUUGCCAUUAUUAUUAUUAAUAUUUUUUAAAUCAUGCAAAAAAUUUAAAGUUGUGUUUGAGUCAAAAAGCCCUGGAUGUUUUUAUAUAUACACACAUACACAUACACACACACACACACACACACACACACACACACACACUCGAACCAGAUUCAGAACAAACAGACUUUUCACUUUUUGCGACUUUGAAGGCGGCUUCCUGGAAGGUAUUUUGUCUUUUUAAGAACCAUUUUGGACAAAAGUGAAUGUCAUGCAGUGUUGGAUCACAUGGACCCUGGUGGCUUCAGCCUGACCUGGAACGGCCAGUCAAACCUGUACAAUAUUCACUCUAUUUACUUGUAAAUAUAUGUACAUAGUUUUUUUUCUUCAAGGUUUUUAAGUCAUUUUAUUUCAGAUUUUAGUAUGUUUUCUUUGAUUCGGUUGCUUUUAUAAACCAACAAGAUGUUAGUGUGUUUUGUUUGAAGUUGUUGAUGAACAGCUGCUUUUCUGUUGUAUGCCUGCAUUAUUCCUGUGAUGCUUUACUCCAUUACAUGCAGUUGUCUGUAAUAAGGUGCAGUUUAAAAAAAAAAAAAAAGUAUCGUUGGGAGGAAAAUGUUUCUGAAACAAUAUUUUAAAGCUAUGUAAUGUAAGCUAGACUUGGGUCUCAACUGAAUACAAAGCCAUAAUGGCUGAAUUAUAAUUUUUGGAGAUUUGUAUUUGACAGUCCAUUUCUGAUUUAAUGAGGGGAGGGGUGGGGGGGUUCAGGCAUCUUGCACUUUGACAUCCAGCCCUUUGUAAGUUGAUGUAAAAUCUUGUCACUUUUCUAUACAGGUGUGUAUCACCUCGAUUUGUUAUGUGGGAAGCGGUGGGUAAAUGAAAUUGUAGCACCAGCAAAUUGCCAACAUGUUUGCUUUGAAAUCUUGUUUUCCAAGACGUCUUGUAUGUGGGAUCUUUAUGAUGUAGGAGUCACAAGUUUUAUUGACUAUUGAAUGAUCACUCCUGUUGUAUUCAGUGUUACUCAAUGGUUUCCUUGAAAAUAAAUACAUUUUUUUACGA